GUUCUCAGAACAACGUCUCCACCGCACUCCUGACUCCCCAUGUCUCGUAAAUCGCUGUCACACGCGUCGCACCUCCCCACCAAAUCCGCUCCUUCACCAUCACCACCAGCUGCCUCCUCAUCCAAACACACGCUGGACAUGCCGCCGCUCGACCUCCCGGACUCUAUCACAUGGGACUACGAGCCGGCACCGCGCGCGCCCGCCACGCUCUCCAAAGACGAUAAAGAAGCUUUCAUGGCCGAGCUCAUGGGCUUUGAGCCGUACCACGUGCUCUCCGACAUUGCGGAACACGCGCGGCAGGCAAUCUACCCCACCGUCUCGUCCGUGGAGGGGUGGGCGCGCUCGAUCGCGGCCAACCGCGCCGCGCACGACGCCGAGGUCGACCGCGGCAGCCACGCAUUCGAGACGCUGCUCGAGAACGUCAUCGACCGCGCGUUCGACAAGUACACCGCGUACGCGUUGCGCAACGCCUUCGGCGUGCCCGACGGCGUGCAGCUCGUGCUGCCGUGGCAGAAGGGCAGGGACUUUGCGCGCGCCGAGUUCGUCGCGGAGAUGCUAGGCGGAGAGGACGUGCUCGCCGCCCGGCUGGAGGCGUUGCGCAGCAAGGUCGAGCAGGCGCGCCUCGUGCGGCACCGUUUGGAGAUGGCCGAGGCUGUGCUCGACCGCCGGUUGCAGGUCGCCGAGCAUCGGCGGAAAGAGGUCGGGUUCGUGCGCGAUGCCGUCGUGGAUGCUGGCCUCGCGCCGCUGGACGAGAAGGCCGGCGAUGUGGUCGACGCCCUCUCAACCCUUCACUCCAACCUUGAGGAUGUCAAGAUGCAGCCUCGCGCCCCAGGUGUCCCGCCAGGCGUGGCAUGGGAGACGGGUCGCCAGGCGUACCUCUCCUGGGCUGUGGGCAAGGCCCUCGCCAGCGGACGAGAGGAGGUGUCUGCCGACAGGCUAGAUGCUAUAGAGCGACAAACAGCUGAGAUCGGGACUGAGGCCGACCUUGAGCAGUUGAGUGCGGCGGCAAGGAGAAAGUAGUGCUACAACCAUGCAUGUAUUCUAG